AUGGUUAGAGACACAUGUUCUUCUCCUUCAUUGGGCGAAAGCCUCCAUUGUAGAAUGAAAGCUUUAGAAGCUGCGCGAAAGAAGAAAACACCUACAAAAAAUGUCAAAAGAGCUUCAAAACAGCCACGGACAUGCUAUAAUCUGCAUGUAGAUAAUUCAUCUUCUUCUUCUUCUUCGAAUGAUACACUUGAUUUGUUCAAUAAAACGCUUAGGGUUACUUACGAUCUUUCGAACAAGAGGAAUAAUGGAGUAGAAGAUAAGGAUACGAAAAUUGAAGUCGAAAAUAAACCAAAGAAGAAGAUGAAAAUUGAACCAAAGAAGACGAAAAUGUUGGAAUCGCAUAAAGGUGAAGAAACAGGGAAGGAGAGUGUAUCGAAGAGUGCCAUCACCACAGAUGGGGGACUGAAAAGUGAUGAUGAUGAUGGGAAAGUGAAGAAACGACCGAGGUUUGAGGAUAUUGGAGGUUUAAAAGAGGUUUUAGAUAGGAUACAUGAUGAAGUAAUUGAUCCGCUUCGUUAUGGACAUCCAGAAUUGGACAAGAGGCUGGGUGUUAAACCCUCAGGUGGGAUCUUGCUGCAUGGACCACCUGGAUGUGGGAAAACCAAGCUUGCUCAUGCCAUUGCUAAUGAAGCUGGAGUUCCUUUUUACAAGAUAACUCCUGCUAAAGUAGUUUCUGGAAUUCCAGGUAAAUCUGAAAAGACGAUACAAGAUCUGUUCUCAGAAGCAUACAAGACGGGUCCUUCAAUUGUAUUCAUUGAUGAGAUUGAUGCUAUUGCUUCCAAAAGGGGAAAUUCACAAAGGGAUAUAGAAACACGAAUAGCAACACAACUAUUGACUUGCAUGGACGAGCCCCAAAUCCUAGGCACUCCAGAUGUAGAUUCAAGCUCAACAAGUUUUGAAAAGAUAGCUGGUUAUGUUCUUGUAAUUGGAGCAACAAAUCGACCAGAGGCUCUAGAUCCGGCCCUCAGGAGGCCUGGGCGAUUUGAUCAAGAAAUUGCUUUGGGUAUUCCUGAUGAAAAUGCACGAGCUGAAAUCCUAUCUCUUUUAACACGUAAUCUUGAACUUCUGAAGGAUUGUAAUUUAGCAAAAAUUGCCAGAGUUACACCAGGUUUUGUUGGAGCUGACUUGUCAGAACUUGUUAAGAAGGCUGGUAAGCUAGCAAAGAAAAGGAUAAUUGCUAUUAGGAAAUGCAAUAAUGAAGUGCCCGACGUAGACUGGUUGAUGCAACCGUUGGAGGCAUGGACAACGGAAGGACUGGGCAUUAUCAUGAGUGAUUUCGAGGACGCGGUUAAAAUGGUUCAACCAUCUUUAAGAAGAGAAGGAUUUUCACCUACUCCCAAUAUCAAGUGGGAAGAUGUUGGCGGUCUUGACUUCCUGAGGAGGGAAUUUGACGAAUAUAUUGUCAGUUGUAUAAAGUACCCCGAGGAUUAUGAGGAAUUUGGUGUAGGUUUCGAGCAAGGUUUUUUGCUUUAUGGGCCUCCUGGUUGUGGUAAAACUACAAUUGCGAAGGCUAUAGCAAAUGAGGCAGGAGCGAAUUUCAUACACAUUAAGGGCCCUGAACUUCUGAAUAAGUACGUGGGAGAGACUGAGAAGGCAAUUCGGGAAAUAUUUACUCGUGCUAGGGCAUGUUCUCCCUGCAUUCUUUUCUUUGAUGAGGUGGAAGCAAUAACAACAAAACGUGGAAAUGAUGGGGGACGGGUAGUUGAGCGUCUUUUAACCCAGUUACUUAUAGAGCUAGAUGGAGGUGACAAACGGAAUUGUGUUUUUGUGAUUGGUGCUACAAACAGGCCAGAGGUUAUGGAUGAAGCUGUCAAAAGACCUGGUCGGCUAGGGAAACACAUGUAUGUCCCCCUUCCGGGUCCAGAAGAACGGGAAUUGAUAUUAAAAGCCCUUACCAAGAGAAAACCUAUAUCUGAGGAUGUAGAUUUAGUCGCCAUCGGUCGGAAGAAAGCGUACGAGAAUCUAAGUGGAGCUGAUCUUGCUAGAGUGGUAUCUGACAAAGCCGCCAUGAUUGCCCUAACGGAGAAGCGAAUGUCAGGCGAGGGCGGUCACGAAACAAAGAAAUGGACGAUCAAUGAAACACACUUUGAUCAAGCAGUGGAGACAAUCUCACCAUCUGUUACCGAUGAGCAGCGGAGAUACUACGACAGACUAUAUGCAAGCUAUUCAGAUUAGGAGAAUAUUUCCAUGGAAUCUGUCAGUGCCAUCUACGACAGACCGAUGGACCGACUCGGAACCGAUGGAACCGUACCUGAUUUUGGACCGAACCGAGGUACAGGGUACAGGUACCGGUCCAAAAUAUAGGAACCGAGCUCUGGGGGUACAGGUACACGGUCCAAUACAAGAACCGUCCCGUACCGGACCGAAUUCCCGAAUGAUUAUGACCGUUAGAUUUAGGGGAUAAGGGAUUGUGUCAGUCGUUGGAUUAUAGGGGGGUAUAUAAGCUAACAUUAACUGGUUACUUGGUUAGGGUUUCAGUUCUGUUUUUCGCCUCUUCUGUGUCUGAGUUCUGAGAAGGAGAAGAACUUCUUCUAUCUUCUCUGUUAACCUUCACUUCAAAAGACUAAACAACUUGGAGAUUGUCUUCGUAGUAUUUUCCCUCACCGUGUUUCUUCUCAUCGUUCUCAUCAACUCAUACAGGUUCAAUUUCAUUUCCUUACCAACUAUUAUAUACCCAGCCAUGGAAAUGGAGAAAUUAGUAACCCCAAACAUUUACCAUUGAUUCUUGUUCUGAUUCUAAAAUCCCACAACUCAUUAUUCAAUUUGUGGAUCUCAAACCUGCUGGAACCAGAUUUAGCCUUACACUAUAAACAGUGCCAAAGUAAUCUUCUUGAACCCAAGGCCUCAGACAAGGGCUUGCAAGGGUUCCGCCAAUAUUUGGUACAAUUGUGAGUUUAUGACAGAAUUCUCCAAGAAAAAUAUCACUUAUGUUCAAGUGAAAUCAAGAACUUGAGGAGAAGAGAAAGGCAAGAUCCCAGCUUGUGUAUGAAAGGAAAAAGCAGUUGAACAAGUUGAGACUUAAGGCCGAGAAGACUGUUGAAGGACAGCUUGGCGCACAACUCGA